CUUUUACCGGUCCGGCCCUGUUAGCGCCGCGCCAGCGUGUUACUGUCGUGUCUCAGUGAUUAUUACCAGUAUGUUUUUUGUUUUUUUUUUAAAUGGCCUGUUGAACGCUUUUUUCCUCCACGUGUUCGUUUGAUUUUGGAUAGUGAGAAUGUUGGUUAUCCAAAAAAAAGGCUACAGACAAUGAACAUUUUCUUCAUAGUUUUUUUACUUACAGAAUAUUCCGGGCACUUAUGAGGUACAGACAAUGGCUGUAGAGAGCAGAUCACAAGUGCGAAGCUAGUGGAAUUCCAUUCGGGAUGCUCGUGUGGGUGGAUGGGUGGCAAAGAGCAGAAAAAAAACCAAAAGUGGGACAUUUGAAGCGAUGUCAGUUGACUCAGCAAGCGCACACUCGCGCUCACGUUCGCAGACGACUUCAGACCUCGUCGCUCGUUUGGAGGGAGCUGAAACUGCAAACUGAACAGGCAUGCAACCGUCCGUCUCGGUGACGCCGGAGCCCGGGCUGGAGCCGGGGGUGCCCUGGGGUCGGGACCUGUACACGUUUGUGACGUCGGCGGCGGGUCACAUGAUGAGGACCCUCCAGAAGCCCCGCAAGAACCGUCCCUCCAAGCGGCAGGUCAACCACCGACGCUUCCUGCACAACAUGAUACAGAGGAAGUUUGCCGACAUUGAGGCAGCCAAUCGUCGACUCGCGUCCGCUCUCUACAUACAGGAGGCGGAGUCCUCGACACCUGAGCAGUCGCGUGACCAUCCGGACGGAUGUAAAGGCCAAAGUGACAACCAAGAAGUUCAAAGCAGGACAAAGAGAAUAAAUGACAUGUCCUUAUCGUGUCCCAUUGAUGAAGUGUUACAUACGCACCAAGAUGAAGACGCCAUGCCCAUCCCUCGCUCCUUAACUCCACCGUUUUCGCCGUUGUCCUUUGACCCCAUGCAAUUGUUUGCCGAAGGCUCUGCCGACUCGAACAACUUGGCCGACGUCACCGAGAGCGACUGGGCGGACAUUAUGGAUCUGUUCUCGGAGGACGAAGAGACCCAACGUCACAGGGACGGCUUUCCCGAAAGUGGAGAGAGGAAUCGCGGAUGCGGUCGCUACGGCGACGAUGGCCCAAUCAUAAACCGGUUUCGCACAGAGACCGACCCACUUCCCGCGCUGUCUACUUGCCAGCACAAGAUGAUGUCGUCCGGGGGUGUGGCUCAGUCUUUUUGGGCCCCACCCCAUGACGCCUCGCUGCGCCAAAUUGUGACGCCGCCCCUCGAGGACCACCUGAUGUUCACAGACAUCCUCAUGGACGUCGAGUCACCCUCAUGCACUUCUUUCAACACACUUUGGUACCAAGACGUUUUCGCACAAUGAAUGAAUGUUUAUUAUGUAUUAAAAUGUACUGUACAGUGGUACCUUGAAUUAACUUAAGUAUUUUUUUUGUACAUGUACAGUAAGUUAUAAAUAUGAAUGCUAAUUGGCAAGGAAAUGUAUUGCACUAAAAAUGAGUAUUAAUAUAAAAUCCAAAACACGUACAGCAUGCCAAACUUCAAAUUUCUUGUUUUUUAUUUUUUUGUGGGUUAAUUGAAAACUGUCAAUUGCCCAAAGGUGUCCUGCGAUUGGUUGGCGACCAGUUCAGAGUGUACCCCGCCGCUCGCCCGAACAUAGCUGGGAUAGGCUCCAGCACUCCCGCGACCCAUGUGAGGAUCAGCGGUACGAAAAAUGAAUUAUUAGGGAUUAGUGUACUAAAAUGGCAAAUGGACUGCACUUAUAUCCUGCUUUAUCUAUACCAGUGGUGUCAAACUCAUUUUUGUCGCGGGCCACAUUGUAGUUACGAUUUCCCUCAGAGGGCCGUUAACAACUGUGAAACUAUAGAAAUCCUAAAUUGCCUCAUCAUAUUCAUACAUGAAAUUUAUGACGUAGUUUUGGAAUCAGAAAUCAAGCGUGAUGGGUUAUUCAACCAUUGUUCACGUUAGGUAACACAAAAACGCUGAUAUCUCAACAUUAUCAUUUGAUAUAUGAUGAUUUUAAAUGUUGGAAUAUAUUUUCACAAGAAUCCUGGAUUUUGACACCAAUAAUUUGCCUUCGCGCGUGUGGCGCGCCGGAUCUGGCCCCCGGGCUUUGAGUUUGACACCAGUGAUCUACACUAUCAGUACUUCACAGAUCCUUCCUUACGUUCACCAUUCACACUUUCAUUCAUUCACUGGUGCCAUGAAAGGUGCUGCAAAAGUUAAAUACAUGUCUAUAAGGAAUUUAUCCAGAUAUAUGUAAAUACAUUGUCUAUUAUUGUCUUUGGUAGGUUUUUGGUAACAUAUUGUGCUAAUCAGAAGGCAUUAUGGAUAUUUUCAAUUCCAAUUCACAGGGGAAUUUAU